CCAAACUUGACUUCAACAACAUCAACAAAGUUGCACGUGUGAUGCCAAAAAUCCCCUCUUUUAAUGCCCACCAUAGUCAGUGCGUCCCGUUAUCACAUCAUGGCGAAUGCUUGAGACCCCACAACCACCCUGCCUUUGCUGGGGCGCAACGUGCCAGAACACUGCAAGUGCCGGGUCACCAACUAGGUCUGAAUUAAAGGUGGAUUUUCGAACGCGGGCACAGGUACUUCAGUAGUAACCGAUGAAAUUCCUUCAAGGGGCCAGGUUUCCUUAAAGAAAGAAUUCCCCCAAAUGGGAUGAGAGACGGUGGGCUAUAUCAGCUCAAUCUACUCCUUGUCAAUCAUUUCGCCUUCAUCUUUCGUUGAGUGCAGCAGGAGUAGAAGGCUUGACAACCGAUCAAAGACUUCAUCAUGGCAUCAAUUUCUGGACCUGUGGAAAUGAAUCCUGGGCUGGGUCAAGUAGUAAGACGGUCUUGAGGGACGAAAGACAGUAUUUCAAAGCUAACUUAGACAGGUUUCCUGGUAUAUUGCAACUGUAUUGGCUGUGUUGUUUGUGGCGGCACGUUUAUUCGUCAAAUGGAGGAAAUUUUGCAUUUGGCAAGCCGAUGAUGCAUUUCUCGUACUUGCAGCUUUGUGUCUUGUUGGGACCUUGGGGAUUCAACAGUACAUGUGGUUUGAAGGUAGAUUUACCUGCAAGUAUGUGUUUGAUGAAUUGGGGCUCACUAAAGCUAGGGAUGGCUAGACCACCACAAUCUUCAAGCUUUGAUCACUUCGUACACAUCAUGCAGGUAAGUUCUGCUUUUUGCAAACGCUAACAUCAAUACCUUCCACUGACUAUCUAGAUGAUCGUCCCGGGAUCGACGUUAUACGUCACUUCAAUCUGGUCGGUUAAAAUAGCUCUUGUCAUUUUUUACAAGCGAAUUGCCGCAGAGAGGAAGCUCCAGACUGUCUACAACUGUCUUCUUGGAUUUCUGGCUGCAAGCUGGCUGGUUUUAUUCUUCGAUAUCAUCUUCCAAUGCUACCCAAUCGAAAGAAAAUGGACCGGGGUCAAAGAUCCCAAGUGUAAGACCGCAACUACGCCAAUAUUUGGAAGAAUUAUACGUAUUGACCUUCUGUAGUGGCAUGUUCUCAACACGCUUCGGAGAUCAAUUUCUGGAUGACUGUCCUGCGUAAGUGUCGAUUCCCUGCGGUAUGACUCUUGCUAACCCCCCAAAGUGAAUAUCAUAACUGAUUUAGUCAUCAUCACUCUACUCAUGUCGAUGGUUAUAAAGCUCAAGAUGCCACAGAAGCAAAAGAUUGGGGUGGCAGCAAUGUUUGCUCUUGGGAUAUUUGUUGUCAUUUCAAGCAGUGAGUCCUUUCAAACUCUUUCAAUCAACGAAGUCUGACAUAUCAAUUAGUAAUACGAGCAUAUUUCUCUAAGGCGGGUGAGAUCAUGUUGACGUGCACCGUCAGUAUGAUUGAGACAUCCGUUGCCAUCAUUGCCGCUUCACUUCCUGGUACUUUCUUGUUACUUCUUACUUGGUUCUCUAACUAACUCUCUCCUCACAGUCUUCCGAACGCUUCUUUCCGGAGGUAUGAAAAGGAGAACAAGCGCCUUAGCUUACAAUAAAUCUUACGAAAUGUCCUCCACAGCCAGACAAUCAAAUAUAAGUGGACCACGAAACAUGAAGAAGGCAAACGACUCCGAGGACGAUAUAUUCAGGAAUGAUAAAAUUGAGGGCGCGCCAAGGAUACUACGUCACGAUUCUAUUGCUAUAACGAAGGAGUUUCGAAUUUCGGAAAGUAUAUUAUCACAAUCGGAGCUCGGACAGUGGAGAAAGAUAAAUGAUUUCUAGGUCAAGUUACCGGUUAGAAUUACUUGUUUGUUUAACACAUUCGUUUAGGGACUGGUAGAGCUGGUCUAUUAAUUUCUAUAAUGUCUUUUUAUUUAUACCCAUCGAUUUUACAUUAAGUACAAAUAACGUAACGAAUUUCUU